UAUCUUACAUCUGGCCUUCAAAGAUUAAAUCUGUCUCUCAUGGUCUGCUUGUUCCUCUGUGAGUUAUACUGACCUUGUCAGCUUAUUGCAAAGGUACAUUCACCACUGCUCAAUGGUUAGAUAUUAAGAAAUGGCCCAAAGGCUUGUGAUUAUGCAUAUGUUUUGAGAUUUAUGGGAUAAAACAGGUCAGAGAGAAGGGCUUGAAGGUCAUUACACACUCUUUUUCCAUCCCUGUAGCUCUCACUGAUUUGUCAUUUGCUCCACCAGUUACAAUUCCACCAUCAGAGAGUUUAAGGUGUUCCCUGCAAAAACUCAAACUCCUCUCUGACUUACACGCUCACACACAUAUAUCACCUUUGUGGAAUUUUCAACUCUUUCAACUUUGAGAUCUUACACCACCGCUAACAAUGGGAGUGGAAAAACCUGAGUAUUCAGAUGCUGAUUUCACCUAUGAAACACUUCUGUGGAUAUCUUGUUUGAAACUAUCUUUGUGUGCGCUUAUACCAGAUUAUGAGUUAAUCAGAAGAGGUGGGCUGAUCUUUGCAGCUGUUUUGUUCUGUUUGGGCAUGGCUAUCAUAUUCAGCAAAAAGUUCAACUGUGGAAACAAGGCAUCUGCUAAGCUUGAAGACAAUGGUGAUCUAUGACUUGUCCUUCAUUAACCUUCACUGUUUCAUGAUCACUUGUGGUCUCAAUGUACAGUGAAGAUUUUUUUUGUUUUCCUGAUAUAUUGUUCAUUUUCAUUCACAAUAUCAAUGUAUACUCUCAAAAUAGAAUAAAACUCAAAAAUGGUA